UAAAAAAUUUAAUGAGACGCAACGCUAAAAAAUAAACAUAAUAAUGUAAACCUAGUGCCAAAUGGUUGCAGACGAGCCGAAAACAGAAAAAGAAACAAGAGUAAAUGGUUCGGUGUGAGAGUGAAAUAAAAUUUUUCAUUUGCGGCUAAUGAUUAAAGUGUAUGCGGAAUGCAAUUGGGGUCCCUUCGACAUCGACCCAUUUCCAGCAAUGCGUCGCGUGACCCCCAAAGGCCAGGGACUUCGACUCCGGCAUCAACAACGAUGGGGCGAUUAAAAGACCGACGGAGACGUGUUAAAAACAAAUUCGCAUUAAUGAGAGACAAUCGGGGUGUGUGUUUCAACUCCAAGUAUCACAUCGAGGUGGACUUCGAGGUGCCCAAGAAACUGCAAUGGUACUAUGCACCCCCCUUCUUUGGUUUCUGGUUUAUCCUCUACUUGUCCGUGGUCAACACCCAAGUCAAUCACAUGCCCAGGGGACUCACACGCAGCGAGGAGUCAUCGCAUCCGGGUGCCUUUAUAGCUCAACGUGCCGAGGACACGCUCAUUGAGCUAACACGCAUUGGACCUCGCGUGGUGGGAAGUGUGGCCAAUGAGGUGACCACUGUGCAGUUCCUCCGAGAUGAGGUGGCCAAGGUGGCGGCCGAGGCUAACGAACGCUUCGAGCUGGAGGUUGAUGUGCAACAGGCAUCGGGCGCCUACGUCCAUUGGACCAUGGUGAACAUGUAUCAGGGCAUACAGAAUGUGGUCGUCAAGCUGAGCGAGAAGGGCAGCACCAGCGAGAACUAUCUGCUUAUUAAUAGCCAUUACGAUUCUGUACCUGCCAGUCCGGGUGCUGGCGAUGAUGGUUCCAUGGUGGCCACCAUGCUGGAAGUGAUGCGCGUGAUUGCCAAGUCCGAUGAGCCGCUGGCCCAUCCCAUUGUCUUUCUGUUCAAUGGCGCCGAGGAGAAUCCGUUGCAGGCAUCACACGCUUUCAUCACGCAGCACAAAUGGGCAAAGAACUGCAAAGCACUCAUCAAUCUGGAUUCUGCUGGCAGCGGUGGUCGUGAGAUCUUGUUUCAAUCCGGUCCCAAUCAUCCUUGGUUAAUGAAAUACUAUCGCCAAGUACCACAUCCGUUUGCCACAACCUUGGGCGAGGAAAUCUUUCAAGCUGGUUACAUUCCAUCCGACACGGACUUUCGCAUCUUUCGGGAUUAUGGAGGUGUUCCUGGCCUCGACAUGGCCUACAUAUUCAAUGGCUAUGUCUAUCACACCAAGUACGAUCGAGUUAAUGUCUUUCCGCGCUCAUCCUUCCAGCACACGGGCGACAAUGUGCUCUCUUUAGCCAAGUCCUUGGCCAACGCGCCUGAAAUGGAUGACCCUGAGGCUCAUGCCGAAGGUCACAAUGUGUUCUAUGACUUUCUGGGCUGGUUCAUGAUUUUCUAUACAGAGAGCACAAGUGUUAUAAUCAACUCGGUCAUAGGUGCGAUUGCUCUGUUGGCAAUUGUCAUCUCCUUAUACUUUAUGUCGUUGCGAUCAGGUUGCAGCCUGGUAGGUGUCUUGACUCGUUUUGGCAUCGUAUUCGGCAUACAGCUGGUAUCCUUGGCAUUGGCUUUAGGUCUUGCGGUGCUUGUGGCUGUCUUCAUGGAUGGCGUAGAUCGUUCGUUGAGUUGGUUUACGCACAUGUGGCUCAUCAUUGGUCUGUACGGGUUCCCUAUCAUCUUUGGCAUGAGCAUUCUACCCUCACUUUAUCUGGAAAAGACCAAAAAGGAUCUGCUUAGUCUUGGAUUUCGAGUGCAGCUUUUCAUGCAUUCCCAUUGCAUUUGCCUGAUCAUUUUGCUGAUCGCACUGACAGCCAUGGGCAUACGAUCAGCCUGCUUCCUAAUGAUCUGCGUGUUCUUCGAUAUCAUCGCACUCAUUGUCAAUCUGGUGACCAAAUGGCAUCGCAAAGCUUAUUUGUUUGCCAUUGCCGUCAUGGUCUGCCAGGUACUGCCAUUUGUCUAUUUCACUUACAUUCUGACAGGAGUUUUAAUGACUAUCGUUCCCAUGCUGGGACGUUCGGGUGCCUCAUCGAACCCGGACAUGGGCAUAGCUCUGGCUACUUGGUUCUUUUCGCUAAUAUUUUCGGGUUUCCUUGUGCCACUUAUCAUGUUCUUCCGCAAAACUAGAACCAUAGUUCUGUGCUUCUUUGCUGGCACUAUUUUGUUCAUUAUCAUUGCGGUAACAAACGUGGGAUUCCCGUUCCAGCCUAAGACUUCAGCCCAACGCUAUGCCAUGAUACAUGCGCAUCGUGUGCUUCACAAUGCUGAUGGCACAACUAGGACUGAUGAGAGCGGCAUUUAUAUUUACCCUCAGGAUCGACGUAUCAAUAUUGCUGAAGAUGAGAUCAAAGCCUUUGGAGAAAUACACAAAGUCAGUGAAUAUUGUGACGAGGAAAUGUUUUGCGGCAUGCCACUUUACAACCAUCGUUGGAGUAAGGCUCGGGAAUACAGCUUGUGGAUACCGAUAAGUGCGAAGCCACAGAUUCCCACUGAGUAUCCUAGUCUAAUUCUACAGGAUAUCGAAGAGCUAGAAGAGUCAACUCAGAGACGUUUCAACUUUUCAUUAACUGGACCCGAUCAUAUGACCAUUUUUGUGAAUGUCAAAAACGAUGCCAAGCUACUGGAUUGGUCCUUCAAUGAUACGCUGCUUAAGGAAAAUGAAGCUCCGCCACAUUUUAUCUACUUCUCAUAUGGACUCGAUAGCAGUGCACUCGAGUUUACCAUCGAUGUUGAGAAGACAACAUCAUCGUUUGACACACCCACCUUGGAGAUUGGCAUAGGAGGCCAUUGGGUGCAUCAUGAAUCUAUGAGAUCGCAGAGUUUUAGCGACCACAUCGACAGCUUCCCUUCCUAUGCAUAUGUUCAGGCCUGGGUGGGCACUUACGAGAGUUGGUAUUUCUAAGGGGACGAACGGUAGAAAUUAAGCUAAAUAAUGUAUAAUAAAAUAUUAUUUAUGUACUAAUUGUAGUGCCUAAGUUGUUGUACGAUUAUAAAACCAUUACCCAAUUAACUGUAAUAUACUUUUAUAGAAUCUGAUAAAUAAAUCAAUUUAGUUAUUUACGCACUUAACUUAU